CUUCUUUCACAUACUUCCAAAACACGGCGAGUUGCCAGCGUUUACUUUCCUUUUUCAUUUCCUCAUUAUUAACUGAUCCCAUUAAUUUAUUUAAUUACUUCCAAUUAUUCAUUUAUUUUGGUAAUUAGUUACAUUCAGGCGCAUUAAAAUUGACUUGUCUAUAUACAAGGCCAUUUCUUGUUUUUCUUAUUAAAAUUCUUGUACAUGCACAUCACAUACUAUAUUUAGUAUAUAUUCCCUCUCAUUGUUUUAGGCAACUCUUUUAAAGUAAUAUAAAACCUAAAUAUUUAUAUAUGCAUUAUGGGUCCGAUUGGUAAUGGCUGUAGCUUUAAAUAUUUUGCUGUAGAAAAAAAUCUGUAGACUUUUUGUUGUGGCUUUAGAUUUUAUUGCUGUAGAAUUUUAUUGAAGCACUAAAAAAUUGCUUUGGAUAUUUGGCUCUGCAGAGCACUUGUACAGCUGUAGGUUAUUUUAAGAGCUGUGGUUUCAAAAAAAAAAUUAAAGCUUGAUUGUUCUAAAUUUGGUGCUGUAGAAAUAAAUAGGGCUGUGGACAGCACCUACAGCAACUACCAAUCACCCCCUAUAUCAGUUUCUUGAUUAUCAGAUUUUUUUUCUUUUGGUUGGAAACUUAUAAUCUGUGGUUCUUUUUGUUAUGCUUUUAUAAACAAAUUUUAUUCUUGUCUUUAAUAGGAGUAGUUGUUGUUUACAUACUUUUACUUCUUAUCAGAGCCAUCAUUUUGGUCUGUUAAUAUAUUCUUUUAUUGGUGUGAUUACAUGUAGGAGGAGACCAAGUUAUGUUGCCUCAAGCCACUAACAUACACGAAUCUGACUCAUUCUCUCUCAGUAAACUAUUUUGCCAAUUGAGUGUAUGUUAGUUAUAUAUAUCCCCUCUUGCGAUUUGGCUGGCUUUGUCAUUUUAACUAACAAAAAAAAAAAAAAGAGAAAAACCAAUACAAAGAGAAAGGAUCAAAUAUUGCAGCGAUGAGAUAUUUGGUCUCCUUCACCUUAAUGAUUUGUGUUCUCGUCUUGGCCAUGUUGAUUAUGGUUGCUGAUUCUUCGUAUGGUGAAGGAGGGAAAAAACGCGCUCCUCCAGCAAUGGCUCCUUCACCAUCACCAAGUAGUGACGGUGGUCACUUUGGUGGACCCAACAAAACUCUUCCACCACCUCCAAACGCAGCCACUUUCAUCGUUUUCCCACAACUAAUCUCCGCAACAGUGGCGACUACUGUUAGUGUCUUGGUUUUCAUCUUGUAACUAAAUUAUAUAUGUAUUUCCUUCAUCUCAACUUUGUUUGUUUCUCUAGCAUGUUUUCUUUGUUGAAUUUGUUUUCAUUCGUCUUUACUGUGAUC